GCAUAGCAGCCUGUACUCUACCGUAGCGUAUAGACUUCGAGUUCGACAACGUCUACCUCUUCAGUCUUCGAUCAGUAGAUCUAUCUUAGUAUCUAGGCCUACGAUCAUCACUGCACUUGAAGCUUCUCGUAGCCAUAAUGACGUCUACAUCGAGAAACUGUGAAUGUGGUGAAGGGGUAACAGUUCCUGCAGCCAUUCAGAGUAUUUUACCUGAGGGCUAUACUUACCAUGCGUGCCACGUAGAUAACUUCUCCCAGGGUGAUGAAGUGCAUUUUGCUGCAACCAUUCGCCUUGAUCUGCGUUCAAAACAAGAUUUUGGCAAGUGGCUGGACAGUUUCCAAGAGGCUUCAUCAACCACUUGGCGAGUGAAGCGAACAUUUCCUUCAGUUGGAAUGAAAAUUGUUUUUAAGAAAGCAUACAGGUGCCAUCACAACACAAGACCAGCAAAGGAGUCUACCAAUGCAGGUCGUCGUGUGGCCUCUAAGAACACCAACUGCCCAGCUGACAUGGUUGUCUCCAUUAAGAAAUCAGUGUACGAAGGGCGCACCGUCAGCAGGAGCAAAGAUCACCACCUCCCAUUGUACCCAGCUGAGAUCAGAUUAUCAUACAUACAUAAUCACCCAAUUAUGUGUGCAGACGCCCUGAAGUUCCGGGAUGUCUCGGAGGAGGCAAAAGAAGAACUGAUCUCCCUCUUCAAAAGGAAAUAUGGCCCUACUCAGGCCAUAGACAUGAUUAAAUACGAGCUUCAGUUGAAACAUGGGGCCAACUACCUGUUGAAGGCAGCUGAUAGGGCUGUAUGUCCUGAUGUGCAGUUCGCCCACCGAUUGUACCGCAAGGUAUUUAAAGAAGAGUUUGGGGAGUCAACUGGUGAGGGGAUGCUGCAUAGCCUUAGAACGUACAUCUCUCAUUACAACACGCAAGUGGGCUCAGAGUGCAUGGCGCUUGAUAUAACAAGCGACAACAAAGUUGUGAUGGCUAUAUGCACUCCGCUAAUGAAGAGGGUCCAUGAAGAAGUGAAACAUGCCUCAGAGCUGGUAUUCAUCGAUGCCUCAUCGAACAUGGACAGGUACGGCUGUAGUGUCUUUUUGCUGCUGACGCAUAGUUGUGCAGGUGGCCUUCCUCUGGGGGUGCUCAUCACCUCUAGUGAAGCAGAGGGGGUGAUUGAGGCAGCCCUCAAGCUGUACCGCUCUCUCCUUCCCCAGAAGUGUUUUGGAGGAAGAGGAGUCCAAGGGCCAGCUCUCAUCAUGACCGAUGACUCUGCAGCAGAACAGAAUGCCAUCAGUCACGUUUUCCCUGCCAGUCAGACACUCCUUUGCGUGUUCCAUGUUCUCCAAGCCACGUGGAGAUGGUUGUGGAAUGGCAAAAACCAAAUCCCCAAGGAGCAGCGACCCAAUCACCUCCAACAUCUAAAGCGCCUCAUCUACGCCUGUACUGAGGAGGAGCUUGAGGAACUGUACCAGGAGAGUCUUCAAGACACAACCCUGUCCGACAAAUUCAAAGAGCAUCUUACUGGCUACUAUGGGAGGAAGGAGAAGUGGGCAAUUGCUUGUCGACUUGACCUCCAGGUGCGUGGUAAUAACACCAACAAUUUUUGCGAGGCAGCCAUGCGUGUCCUAAAGGAUAAGAUCCUGGAAAGGACAAAGGCGUUCAGUAUUCCCCAGCUGGCAGACUAUAUGUCCACCUUUCUGGAUGAAUACUACCAACAACGGCUGAUUGAUGUAGCCAAUGGA